AUGGCUUCGGAGCUAGAUGUGUCAACCACUUUUAUCCCGGCUCUAUACAAGCCAGCGGCUUUGCUGCCAAUUGCGCGACACAGAGAGAGCCUGUUGUACUUGGUCGAAAAUUAUUCAGUCACCAUCGUGGUGGGCCAAACGGGAAGUGGAAAAACGACACAACUCCCACAGUAUCUGGAUCAAGCAGGUUGGUGUAAAGAUAGCAAAGUCAUUGCAGUGACGCAGCCUCGGCGAGUUGCUGCCACGACGGUUGCCACUCGCGUCGCGGAAGAAAUGGGAGGCAAGAUCGGAGAAGCAGUUGGUUACUCAAUCCGCUUUGAAGAUACCACGUCAGAAUCAACCAGGAUCAAAUUCCUCACCGACGGAAUGCUUCUAAGAGAAGCCCUGGUCGACCCGCUGUUAUCACGGUACUCGGUGAUCAUGGUCGACGAAGCCCACGAGAGAUCUCUCAGCACAGACGUCCUCCUUGGAAUUCUCAAGAAAAUUCGGAAAAAGAGACCCGAGCUGCGCAUUAUCAUCAGUAGCGCUACCCUGCAGGCGGAAGAUUUUCUACGAUUUUUCGCGGACGAUGAAUUCAACGCCGACGCAGAACCUGCCGAUCUGGGCGGGAGUGUGGGGCGCAUCAUCAGUUUGGAAGGCAGGAUGUAUCCUGUAGAUACAUUGUUUCUCGAGUCGCCCGCGGAAGAUUACGUUGAACGAGCUGUCAAAACUGUAUUCGACAUUCACACCCAAGAAGCAGAUGGCGACGUUCUUCUCUUCUUGACCGGUCGCGAGGAAAUCGACCGAGCAAUCCAAUUGAUAUCCGAGCGGGCCGCGUAUCUUCAUCCAAAAGCGCCUUCAUUACUCACUCUGCCACUCUAUGCGGGCCUGACUACAGAGCAACAAAUGUACGUCUUCGAGCCAACGCCAGAAAACACAAGAAAGGUCAUUGUAUCGACAAAUAUUGCGGAAGCGUCGGUCACGAUAGACGGGAUAGUCUACGUGAUAGACUGUGGAUUCGCGAAGCUGAGGGCCUACAACCCCGCCACUGGUAUCGAAACAUUGACAGCUGUGCCGAUCUCAAAAGCAUCAGCUACACAGCGGGCCGGGCGAGCGGGCAGAACAAAGCCCGGGAAGUGUUUCCGUUUGUAUACUCAACAGACAUAUGAGCAACUUCCCGAAGCGACAAUCCCAGAGAUUCAACGGUCCAAUCUCGCACCUAUCGUGAUGCAGCUGAAGGCGCUAGGCAUUGACAAUAUCGUCCGAUUUGGUUUCUUGACAUCACCUCCAGCCGAGCUAGUCAUCCGUGCCUUCGAGCUUCUAUAUUCCCUGGGCGCGGUAGACGACCACGCCAAGCUAACAAAACCACUCGGCAUCCGAAUGGCAGAACUAGCCGUGGAUCCCAUGAUGGGCAAAGUCCUCCUAGCAGCGCCCAAAUUCGGCUGCCUGAGCGAGAUUCUGACCAUCGCAGCCAUGGUCAGUCUACAAGGAACAGUCUGGGUCCAACACGACGGCGACAAAAAAGCCGCCGAAAGCCAUCGCCGCAAAUUCGCAGUCGAAGAAGGUGAUCAUCUCACCUACCUCAAUGUAUAUCAAGCCUUCAUCACAAAGGGCAAGAAAGAUUCAAAAUGGUGUCGUGACAAUCUAUUGGAUUAUCGAGCUUUACUCCGGGCAGUCAGUAUCCGGGGACAGCUCAAGCGAUAUCUCGAACGCUUUGGCAUUCAAACCGACGAAACUCUGUCCCGGCACAAUGCCAAUGCUCCUGAUCUAAGCCAUACACCGGAACAAAUACAGCGGUGUCUCACGACGGGCUACUUCGCUCAUGCCGCGAAGAUGCAGCCGGAUGGCACUUUUAAGACUGUUAGCGGUGGCUUGACACUUCAUGCUCACCCUAGCUCUUUGAUGUUUAAUCGAAAAGCGGACUGGGUCAUCUUCCAUGAAAUUAUGCAGACGGGCGAGAAAACGUACAUUCGCGACGUGACCAAGAUCGAAAAGGGGUAUCUUCUGGAAUAUGCCCCGGAAUACUACAAGGUUUCUUAG